AGUAUACAGUGCUUUCUGGAAUUCAGUUUAGCAUCACUAACCUAAUUUUUAAAAAGUGCCAAAAAAUGAAUCGUGGAUAUAUAGAAAAUAAUAACGUCCCAUACGACAGUAAUCAAAUGGUUUUGGAUAUGAUUCUUUGUUCUUUAAUUGGGGUUCCUCAACCUAUCAACUGGGACAGUGUGGCAAGAUUGGUUCCAGGCUAUUCAUCCAAAGAGUGUGCAAAAAGGUUUGAUGAACUGAAAAGCAGUGGAAGUUCUCCAGUUGAUAACCAGUUCAAUCCAGUAAUGGCUAGUGGUGUGAAACCUGUGGAAACACUAGCUUGUUAUAUUAAAUCAUCACUUCUUGAUGCCCAGGAAGAGAUACAAGAACCUUCUAGUGAAAAUGAUGCGAUUUCUCUAAAUGGAAAGCCAAGUAUAGUUUCCUCAAGGAAUUGCUCUUCAGAAAAUGAAAAAUGCCCUGCACUUAAAGGUGGAGAAAAUGCUGAUGAAACUGAAGGGCCAAAUAUGGUGAUCCAUGUGUGUGAUGAAGCAAAAAAUCUGAAGGAAGAUUUUGUUUGUCCACGAGAUCUAUUGAUUUCUGAAAUGAAGUACUUUGCUGAAUAUCUAUCAAUGGAUGCCCAACGCUGGGAAGAAGUAGACAUUUCAGUUCACUGUGACGUUCACAUCUUUAACUGGUUGAUAAGAUAUGUUAAAAGGAACACUAAGGAAUAUGAGGUUGAUGAAAUACCCACCUUAGAACCAAGCAAUGUCGUUUCAAUACUUAUUUCCUCUGAGUUUCUGAAGAUGGAUUCUUUAGUGGAAAAAUGUAUUAAUUAUUGCCACAAGAAUAUGAGUACAAUUGUGGCCACGCCGUGCAAUAUGAACUGCAUUAAUGCUAACCUACUAACACGCAUAACCGAUCUUUUCACACAUAAUGAAGUAGAAGAGGUGAAGGACAAGAGAGAUAAAUUUAAGAGUAAACUUUUCUGUAAGAAGAUAGAAAGACUAUUUGAUCCAGAGUAUCAGAAUGCAGAUUCUAAGGGAAAUGCUGCAACCCUAUACAGGUGUUAUUUAUGUAAGAAACUUCUUAUUAAGGAUACUGAAAGAAAAAUCCCAUGUAUUCCUGGAAAGCUUAAUGUGGAUCAGUAUGGAAAUAUUAUCUAUAUUCACAUAAGAGAUAAAACUUGGGAUAUCCAUGAGUAUCUCCUGAGUCUUUUUGAAGAAUUAAAAUCAUGGCGAGAUGUAUACUGGCGUCUUUGGGGAACUAUUAAUUGGCUGACCUGUUCAAGGUGUAAUCAAACUUUCCUGUGCACUGAGUUUUCACAUUGCCAGUACCACCCUCAACCAGUCCUCUAUCCUGGUGUAGCAAGUUGUCUUGGUUCCACUGGCACUGGAAUAUAUCCCUGCUGUAAUCAAAAGGUUCUUAGAUUUGAUCCUGCUCCUGUUCCAAAAGGAUGUAAAGUGAGGGAUCAUGUGAUUGGCUUGCCUGCUGGAGGUGAAGGUGGGGAUAAUGUGCCCUAUCAGACAGCUAAAAUACUGAAUGAUCUGAUUCAGCACCGAAAUAUUAUUGUUCUGCCUUUUUCAAAAGACCAGAACAGCCAUUCUGGAAUAGGGCUGAAUGAUGAGAAGGGUAUUGAAUGUGAUAAUUUAUUGGAGCCAAAUUCAUCAUGGGGGCCCAAAGCAGGAGAAAUUAAUGCUUUCCUUUCUCUGAAAAACUGGACUCUCCAGCUGAAACAACAGUUGCUGCUUUCAGAAGAUGAUGAAUACACAACUGGGUCUGAAGUCACAGAGGAUGAAGUAGGUGAUGAAGAAGAAGUGUCCAGGAAAACAGGAAGAAAAGAGAGGCCAAAAAAAAAUAUCAGAAAUCCGAAGAAGCAAGCAUCUUCACCUAAUAUUCAAAAGAAGGAAAAAACAUUGGAGAAGUCUAACUCUCGAGACACAUCUCCCUUUAUCAUGAGUAUGCAGCAGAGUAAGUGGGAUCCUUCUAGAUCAUUAAGAUUCAACCAAGAUGCUCAAAGAGAAGAAGAUCAGCGGCGAAUGAUUGAGAUAACAGGACAUCUAAUAAAAAUGAGGCUGGGGGAACUUGAUCGCAUAAAAUCAAGAGAAAACAAAGAAUCUGCAGCUGGAAUUUAUGCAAGACUUGAAGCUCAGAUCAGGGCAGCAGCACAAGUCAAUAUUCGUCAGAACAUCCCUGAAAAAAUUAUAAGGACAAAGGCUCGGUUUGGCCAAAGCCGCCCAACCUAAAAAUCGAACAGAGAUCUUCCACACUGAAGCCAAAGCACUCUUCUGCCUUCUGCACCUGCCCUGGAUUCCAGAGCCUGGGCAUGCUUCUUCCUAAAGCUUUCAGUGACUGACAUUACUGUCUGCCAUGUUAAUUAUUCUGUUUUAAUGAAUUAAUACCAAUUUUUCAUCUAUAGUAAGUUGUAAAUACACCAUUUCUUAUAUCAAACCAAGUGCAUUUUCUCAAGCAAUGGUGCAUUUAUAAGCCUGCAAAACAAACAUAAGACCCUUAUUUGACUGAGGGCGGAGGAAGUGGUGCUAAUUAAAUUAUGAAUUUCAUGUUACACUAUUAAUUUUUAGUAAGGGUCAAAUCUGGCCCUUUUAUAUACUUUGUGCUUUAUUGUGCACUGCCCCAGACUGGCAACAAUAUUAACUUGUAAUGAUUUAGUUGUAUAGAAGUAAGGCGGUAAUGUCUUUACAUCCUGUUUAAAGUCUUGAUCCUAUUCCUGUUCUGCCAGUAAGUUUUCCUCUCUAGAACAUUGUCUUUCAGUGAGAGGGUACGCAUGUUAAUAGGUGCUUCCUAACCAAACUUCCUUUCUUCAAUGCUUAAAUAAAAAAUUCAGUUAAGAGAAAAAAACUCGACAGUAUUUUAUGGUACAGACAACCCUACAGCCUUUUUCUGCACUGAAGUGCCAAAUAUGACAAACGAUAAGGAAGAGAAUUCAAGUCCACACUUGUAUUUAUAGGACUUUGCAUAAUCAACUUAGUUUUAUUCCUGUGUUAUUUAAAUAUCUCUACAUCUCUUUGCAAAAUUAAUCUUUGAAUAGAAAGGUUUGUGCAUGGAGGCUUCAAGUUGUCAACCUGCUCCUUGAUAAUGAGCUGAAGAAUAGAAGUCAUCCAUCUUUUAAAUGUAGUAAACACUUUUUUGAUAGUAAUGGAUUUUAUGAAAUGCUGUAAAGAUAGAACAAAUCGUGAAUGAGGCUAAAGAGCUAUAAUAUGUCGUCCUAUCUCAGCAUUUCUCUUCUGCAAUCAUCAACUGCAAAGAAUAGAUAGUAUUUUGGAGAAGCACCUGCAGGAUUCCUUUAAGGGAAGAAAGUUCUCUUCCAGCUGAUCAGCCAAUAUUUUUGCAGCUACCUUUCCCAUCUAUAGGUAGUCCUUGCUUACUGACUGCCUCGUUUGGCAACAAUUUGAAGUUACAAUGGUGUAAAAAAAAGCUUU